AUGUCCGCCACCGACUUCACGGUCCAAACCGCACGUCUCUCGCUGCGCGAGCUGCCCCCCGACAGCCACCUCGUCCACGCAACCAACUGCCUCGCAACAUGGGGCUCCGGCAUCGCCGCCGAGCUGGCCAAGAUCUUUCCGGACGCCUGUCGUGUUUACAAGGCCUUUUGCCACGCCGCCAGGCGGCGCGCCGGUGGCGAGGUCAGCCGGUGGCCGCCGCGCAGCCUGGCCGGACAGUGUCUGGUGAUCCCGCCGCAGCCCGGCGACGUGGCCCGCGGCGCACCCCGCGUGCACAUCACGCGGGCGAGCCUGGCGGCGUAUCGGCGCGUGGUGGAUGAGAAGAUGUCGACGACGACAGAGGCGGCAGUAGCAGAAGGGCCAAGGAGGCAACCGGCGGCCAUCUACUCGCCCAUGUUCAACUCGGGCGCGUUUCGCGUGCCGUGGCAGAGGACCCUCGCGGCAAUCGAAGAGGAGUUUGCGGGCGCCAAGGCGACGUGGACGGUGGUGCUUCCGCCAACGCAGGGGAGCGGGUGA